UGUAGUGGCGCCAUGUUUGCUGUUUCCGCUGUAUAUUGUUAGUGUUAGGGAAACCGGUAACUGUCAUUGUUCGUCUCCGAGACUCCUCCUCUGGGCCCUGCCGCCCUUCUUACCGCGUUUACUUGGUGGAUUUACUGUUCCGUAACUGUGGUGUGGCGAACGGAGAGACAGCAGGACCCAUGCUCGGCUCCAGGAAAUGACUGCUAAGAUGAGCUUGAAGAAUUUCCAGUCCCACAAGGAAGCCGGUGGCCUUUCUGCGGAGAAUCAGAUAAACCUAAGGAAUAUGUCAAAUCGGUUGCUGCCUCUUAGUUUCCCUCCAUCUAAAAUUGCACUUUGGGAUUCAACACCCGUGGGGAAUCCUAUUGGAUUGCAUGCCAGCUAUUACAGAAAUCCCAGGCUUUUGCUGUCUGAGAAAGCUUUGCGGCUUUCCUAUCGCCAUGCGAAAUCCGAGAGAAGGCCUUUUUCCUGCUUCUUACUCGGCUCGUUCUCCGUGGAUGAAGAUGAGGAAGGUAUAACUUUAACUAUUGAUCGGUUUGACCCCGGUCGGGAGAAGGGGGCUGGCGGUGGCAAGGCCCCCAGUGCUCUCCUUCCUGGAGACUUUCUUGUUCCUUGCUCAAUCGUCACCAGAGAGUCUUCAGGGCCUUCUCCUGCGCAUACUCCUGAAGAUUUCAAGUCAUCGCUUCAGGGUCUGCAAAACCAUCUUCACAGCAAAGAAGCCUUGGAUCUCUCCAAAUUGCUGACAGUUAGAGCUCAUAUCACUUACACCGAGGACAUGGACAAUCUUCACUUUGAUCUUCACUGGGCGGCUAUCACGAUGGCGAAUACAUUUGAAAGUGUUCCCGUAAGGCCUGUCCCAAUUAUACCCACAGCCCUAGCCAGGAACCUUAGCAGUCACAAUAAUAUUGCACAGCUUCAAGGAACACACAAAUGCGGGUAUCUAACAAUGGACCAAACAAGAAAACUCCUACUUGUAUUAGAAUCUGAUCCAAAAGUUUACACUCUGCCCCUUGUUGGAAUCUGGCUGAGUGGAGUUACACAUAUUCAUAAUCCCCUGGUGUGGUCCAGCUGUCUGCGGUACAUGUUCAAUUCGUCAGUUAAAGAAAGGGUCUUUUCGGAACACGGGAGUUUUCUUAUAGUGCUUUAUUCGCGCACGCACAAGGAGCCAGAGUUCUACGAAUGCGUUUUGUGCUCUGGACACGAUUCUCUUGGCUUUCAGCUGUUAACCAACGAAGAUGCAUUACAUCUUUUUAAGAAUGUCGAUGUUACAAGAAAAACACACCUACAGUUUGAAUUUUCCACGGAAAAUCACAAUCCCGAAAUGUUCCUCUUCAAUGAAGCUUCCAAGAGCAUUUCUGCUACAGUCAUUAAACAGAGCAGGUCUCCAAACAGAUUAUCAAUAAGUGAUCAUGACUCUGGAGUGGAAGAUGAAGAUUUUUCUCCAAGACCAUCACCACGUCCGCACCCUUCAGUCCAGCAGGUAACGAGAAUUCAUCCAUCUGUUCCUGAACUUUCAUUGGUCUUCAGCAGCCUCAUAGAAUCAAAAUCUGCCUCACAGAAUCCAGAAAACGGUGGAAACUUAAUUCAGCCUUUUACUUCAACUCCCGAUAACGUCAAUAAGUUGGCUGGUAAGGGAUGCCCCCUCAGUGGGAUCCAGACCCGUGAAAACCAAGAUUCAUUUUUAAGACCUUCCCUGGGUCCUGUCAAUUCAAAAGCACCAACAAAGAAACAUUCCAAAGGAAAACUCGGUCCAUCCGAUACACAACCAGCAAAAUCAAGCGACCAAACAAGGCGGAACUCCACGUCAUCGUCAUCUUCUGCACACUCUACCCCUCAAUAUGGAUCUUCUCCAGACACUUCUGCUCUUCAGAAUAGGCCUGAACCGAAUGCAAGAGGACAACACCAUGGGCAGCCUCCAAUGAAGAGAUCUGCUCACUGUAGGCAAAUGUCUGCACCGCAGUCUCCUGGUUAUAACGUUACCUUUCCGCUGCCAUCCAGGCAAUCUGUAGAACACACAAAACAAUCGGCUAGUCUUCAACCCUUCUAUCAAAACAGAACAUGCAACUGCUGUCACAAUGUCGGCCCUGUGCAAUGCCAUUCACCAAGUUCAUGGCCUUGCAUGGGCCACGUAAGCCAUCAUACAAUAGAAAAUGAACUGGAAGCUCAAGGCGUUGGUGCUCCUGCUCACCCCAACGUUGCUUGCCCAAAUUUAUGCUGUAGUCCGGUCUGUGUUAGCAGCUGCCAAAAAAGUUCUGUUAAUAGUGGACCUUCUCCUGUGGACAACUUAAUGUCACCUGGACGAAGGGACUCUUUACCGGUAAAUGCUUAUAGCCCUCACUCGUGUCAACACACGCCACCUCCAGAUAAUGGCAUGUUAGGACUGUCAGCCGAAGCUUACAGGCUGCUGGCAGAACAGGACAAGCAGCUGAAAACGCUCCAAGCCCAGAUCCAGCGUUUGCUUGAAGCACAGACACCAGGCUCUGAUUCCAGUAAGCCUUCCCCCAACAAUGGAUCUUCACAGAAGCAAGUAGAGUCUGUCUCCACCGAAACGUUAGACCUUCCGAAGAAAACAAGUGUGAGCAUCGCUGUCAGUACAGGUGCUAGUUUGUUUUGGAACUCCCCGUAUCCUGAUGAAGAGGUUUCUGCAGACCAGCAGGAUGAUUCCGCUCUCUGUACGGAGCUAAGCACCACUGUGAACAAUGAGCGAGACACAAGCCGUACCAGCAUUGCUUCCUCCUUAAAAGCUGUGGACAUUUGCAGUUUUGCAGAAAGCAGUCAGCUGACAGACAAAUGCAACAACUCUUCUUCUCCGCUCCAUUCUGUAAUGGCCAUGCCCAGAUUUCCCCUGUUGCACCGUGAUGUUCCAUCUCCUGAUAGUGUCAACAUACAGGCACCUCCAGCAGAACUCCUUGGAAGCUCGAGGACGGCAGAGGCAGGAGAGAAUAUCCAUUCUGUCCCCCAAGAAAAUUUUUACAAAGAUUUAAUGUGUCAAGUAAACCAUUUAUUAAAGACUUCAGCAGCGGCAGAUGAGGAAUAUUGUGAAAGUGUUACUAGUCCUCCAUCCCGAGAAUACAAUCCUGCAGUGGAAAAGAAAAAGCCUCGGUCCUCUCCUCCAAGUCAACAUGACGACGUGCUGAAGGCAACCCUUAAGCAGCUGAAAAAUCUAGGCGUGAAUAUGGAUAGCUCUGACAUAAAGCCCAAAAAGUUGGAAACCGCAGAUAACGCGUGUGUACUUGCCUGCAUUAACCCAGACGCGAUCAUCCCGAGAUUAAAUUACAUGUCCUUUAUGAACGUCGGUAUGAGUGGCUUUGGGUCCAGUGGAGUUGACUUGAGCAUGGAAGCGAAUGCAAUAGCCCUGAAGUACCUGAGUGAAUCUCAGCUGACGCAGCUCUCUUUAAGCCAUACAAACAAGAGCAAAGCCCUGGACUCUACAUCCAUUGCCCGUCUCUUCCCGGGAAAUACCGAUAAAAGCAUGGUUGGCCUUAGUUUGAUUUCCCCAAGCAAUAUGUCCUUUGCAACAAAGAAAUACAUGAAGCGGUAUGCCCUGAUAGAUGGCUCCGACAGCAGUGAUGAUGAAGCUGACCCAACUUCACAAAAUAGCUCUUCUCUGAAUCAAACAACCAGUGAAGGAAAAUGGACUUGUCCUGAUAAUUCCAGUAUCUCUGAAAGCUUUGACGUAACUGGUGAUGGAGCUAAACACGGUAGAAACCAUUCAAGCAAAGCAGUAGACUAUGGCUUUGCAAAUCAUCCAGAGACAAAUAAACUGAGAAACAUAACUAAUGAGGUCCCAUCUAAGUGUGGAACUGCACCACAGCGAACAGAGGAGGUGUCUUUGCCGUUCCUGAAAGAUUUGAAGACCAGAAAGAAGUUAAUUUCUGGAAAGGCACAGUUUACUAGGCACCCGGAGAAGGAAAACGCUGGCAAUCAACUUGUCUUUAUCGAAAAAGACUCCUCUCUGAAACAGAUUCCUGACUGUCCAGGAUCCCUCGGAGAUAUUUUAGAUGUCAACCGCCUUCGCCAGCUUCCAAAGCUAUUCUAAGGGCUUGCCGUGUUCUGUGUUUCCUAUAACUGCUUGCAUGUUUUCCUUCCUAUGGAAGUACUGGCAAACACUAUUCAAUUCUUUGUCAUUUGUCAAAACAAUUUCGUUACAAGAUUAGAUGUCUUCUUGCUCAUGAAGACCGCCAAUGAGUUCAGUUGUCAUUAAACGUGCUGUAGUUUGGUCCUUUCU